GUGGCCUGCAGCUUCCGGCCUCGACCCGCGCGCGCUCGGCGGUUGUUUCGCCGCCGACCGGGACUACGCGGGGAUCUCGAGCGGUGUCCCCGCGGCCUGGGAGCUGGCGGCUGCCAGGAGGAGACGGUUGGAGGCGACCGGAAGGGACCGUAGGGCCGUGGGCGCGACGUUGUGGCGGCGUCACCAUGCGGGGCAGCGCAGAUACCAGUGCUGCGCAUCACGGACAUCAGAAGGGCAAGAGGCCAAGGACUCUGGGAAACAAAAAGACCGAACGAUUUGAGGAGAUGGAAACUACACCCCUAGGACUGAACAGCAACUAUAGUGAGACAGCCAGCAACAUUUCUUCUGGCUCGCAGAAGAGCAGAGUGAAUGGAAGAGCAGAGUCCAGAAGCAAGCGGACCAUUCGCCGGCCUGCUUACUGGCUGGAAAUGAGGGGCAUAAAAAACAACGUGAACAAACCUUCAGAAAAAAAAGCAGAAGUGCUUUUGAAAGGCAAGAGGAAAUCUGAGCAUGGGGAAGGUGAAGAUCUUAAAGACCCUCCCAAGAAGAAGCAGAAGAUUUCUGGAAAAAAGCGUCAAGCUGGGGCACAACAAAUCUCCAAAACAAAAAGCCGCUAUGUUCGGAAGGAACCUGAAACCUAUGGCACAGGUAGUAUAGAAGAGCAGUGGUCCUUAGAAAUUCAGGACAAAGGUCGAGUUACUUGUCCUACGUGCCGGGCUGUGGUGAGAAAGACUGUAGAAGGACUGAAGAAACAUAUGGCAAAUUGCAGACAGGAAACGUUCACAUGUCAUCACUGUGGGAAACAGCUGAAGUCUUUAGGAGGAAUGAAAUACCAUGUCAUGGCAGACCACAACAGUCAGCCAGUUGUGAAGGAGGGAGGAGAACUGGAUGAGCAGCUUGAGCGAGACCGCCUUCGGAAAGUUUUGAAGCGUAUGGGAAAACUGAAGUGUACAAGAGAGGGCUGCACAGGCAGCUUCACUAGCAUAAUGGGAUACCUGUAUCACAUUAAAAAAUGUGGGAAGACUGCUUCUGAGCUGGAGAAAAUGGCAAUGAAGUGCCAUCACUGUGGAAAAGCAUACAGAUCAAAGGCAGGACUCGUCUACCAUCUCCGAGCUAAGCAUGGGCCGGUCACCUUCCUCCAUGAAGAGAGAAGAACAGAGAGCCUGAAGGAUGCAAAACGGGAGCAAAGUAGUACAGGAAGAGUUCAGAGGAGAUCUGCAAAGGUGGCAAUCUACUAUCUUCAUGAGCUAGCUGGAGAAGAGCUGGCCAAGGAGUGGCCCAAGAGAAGAGUGCUGCAGGAUUUGAUUCCAGAUGAUAGGAAGCUGAAGUAUACCCGUCCUGGACUGCCCACGUUUAGUCAAGAUGUGCUGUGCAAAUGGAAAACAGAGAUAAAGAUGUACCGAAGAGUCCACUGUCCAAAUCAGGGUUGUGAAUCUGCAUAUGGCACUGUCUCAGGACUCAAAUCUCACCUUGGCACAUGUACCUUGGGAGAUUUUGUGGCUGGCAAAUACAAGUGUCUCCUGUGUGAGAAAGAAUUCAUUUCAGAGAGUGGAGUCAAGUAUCACAUCAACUCUGCACACGCUGAGGACUGGUUUGAUAUGAACACAAGUACCACCAAAAGCUUUGAGAAACUAAUGAAAAUCCGCCAAAGAGAAGAGCAGAGGAAGCAACGGAAGAAACAUCCUUUGACCCAAGGCAAAAAGAAGAGGACUGGGUCCUUGGCUACUAAGAAGCUCCCCGGUCCUGGAGCUGAGAAAAUGAGGAGAAGUAAGAGAGGCCGUCCAAAGCGAGUGGGCAAUGAGAACGAGAGAAGUGAGGAAAUGGAACCUCAAGUUGCACAGAGAGCCAAAUUUCCAAAAUCCAGCCGCAAGCGAGGCCGGAAAUAAACCCUAGGAGAAGGGAAGAAGUAAUCCUAAAGCUUUUCAGUUACAAGCUCCAUUUCUGUCAGUUUCAUAACCCACAGCCUCAUAACCCACAGCAUUAACACAAGCAACUGAAUGCCUUUGGGACUGUGACUUCAUUCCACUCUGUGAUACGUGUUUUGGAACUGUUGCAUCUGGUCAGUUAUGAGGAACUGUGAACCAAAGCUGUGGUACAGAGACAGUCUGUCCCAGUUUAGGAGAGACAAGGGGAUUAGCAGUGUACCCACUGUGGUUUUUGCUUUGGUUACAGUCUCAUUUUGAGUCACAUGAGUUGCUUGUUUAGGACUUCCAGCACAAUAGCUCUUGUUUUGUCAUCUUCCUCUGAUGAUGGGUGAGAUCAGGGUUCUUUUUAAGCAGUUUUCCCUGUAAGGAGCUGACUAGCACAGCGGUUAGAUCACUUUAAGGAGGAAAUGCUUUCCUGCACAGUAUGCACAUAAACUAAGCAGUGCUGUGCAGAAUACAAAGGCUUUAGCUUGCCAUUCAGCUGUCCUAUCUGUUGUCAGCAAGGCUACCACGGAAGAGCAAAUACCUUCCUGCUCUAGUCUUGCACAAGGCAAUGUCUGUAAUAUAUACGCUGAUGUCUAGACUCAGCACCAGACAGUAGCAUGUGAGUUUUGGGCUGCUUGGAAGUGAUGGGACUUCAGCGUCUCCCAUAUCAGGAACCUGAUAUUCCCCUGGCAUGGAUUCUUUAACAACUGGGCAUUGAAUGUAUGAAGAAGGUCUUCCCAUCCUGGGAAGAAUAAAUAUUCUGUGGCUUUUUGGAGACCCUCAGUGACAACGUAAUGAAGAUGGCCCGUGUAGGCCCUCUGAAGACAGCUUGUUUCAGACUCAACUGGGAAACAAACUUGCUUCAAGGUGGUACAUAUCUACAAUUGCAAUGUUGGUAAUGCUGCAGCCUAGUCCCCAUUGAGCUGCCUUGCCCCACUACGAUGUUCUUUGCCAUGCUCACACUUCCAUAGUGUCCUUUUCUCUGCGAGUACUGUAGAUGCCUUCUUUGUUAUAUUACCAAUUUCUUUUCAAUACUGCUUCCAUUACGUGGAUGAGAUAUUUUAGCAGUGGCUUCCCUACAUGGGAAAGAACAAAAGGGGGUUCAUUUUUAUUUUCUUUUUUAAAGUCACAUGUUGGUAUGAAUUCAGGGUCAUAGGGAAUAUCUUCUUGUGCUCCAGAAAUGCACCAGGUAUCACAGAAACAAGCAGGAAGCAGCAGCAUGGGCAGUGCUAUUCUGUCUGUCAAGAGAAUAUGUUCUCCAUAAUCCCUGUUAUCCAAAGACCCAGUAUCCCAGGAAGUUGCAAAUUUUGACCUUUUUCUUGCAGGUUUGCCAGCAGGAGAAUAGGCAGGUGGCUCCAUGGUGUUUCCCUGUGAAUUUUCCCUGGCUAACAAAACAGGUAGCUGGUGCUGAAGUUCACAGGGAAGCCGUUGCAGUGCCUGGUGAACAGGCAGAUUUCUGUGUGUGUGUGUGUGUGUGUCUACCAGAAGCACAUUGGCCCUGAUAGUGGGAAGCAGUGUGUGGCCAGGGUGUUUUUGAGAGCUGCCUCUUCCACGCAUUAAGCAAAGCAGUCAGUAAGUAGUGAGAGAGCACACAGUGCUCCGUUGUGACUGACGUAGCGGUUACACUGCUUUUUUUAAACCAGUUGUCAGUCUGGUUGCAGUACUGCACCAGAAGUAUAAAUAUGUGGACUUCUGUGCAGGGUGUACAAGGCUUUUGCAGCCAGAGGGGCAAAAUAAAAACAUCACCAGUGUGGGAAUGUGGUUUCUUGUCCGUGUGGUGUUCUUGGCACCAUCCCUACCUGCACAACACACCCCAGCCUGCUCACUUGGUUGUCAUGCAUGCUUACUGACGCUGUUCAUUUCUCCACCCUGUUCCUCCUCAGUGCUGCCCUCUGCACAACUGUGCUUUGACCACACGUUACCCAUCAGUAAGGUAGUAAACAAGAUAAGGCCAUGCAUUAAAGGAGGCUUUCCUUAGUGGGUUUUGGUCUAUAGUCCUGUUUGCUGUCACUUAUAAGCUGUAUAUCAGCCCUGCUUCCUAGAGAUGGGUACUUCUUGCGACCAUCUGGAUUUUGUAGUUACACCAAGAAUGCAUUCCCUCACAUUACAUGGUGUGUGGGGAAGAAAAAAAUCAUCAUCCAAGAGUCCGUCCACGAGCUGUUCAUUCUCAGCUCUGUCCGUGUUAGGGCAGCUCAUCUGCUGCCUUGACUCAAGCUGGCGAGAGUUGGUGGCACUGUUUCUGAGGAGUGCAAUCCGUUUAGGAGCACCUGCUUCCUCCUGGGGGUGAACUAAGGCAGGCUACCCAGCAUGCAUGCAGCGUACUGCUCGGAGGCGUGGGGCAAUCUAGCCUCAAGGAAGGGACUGAAAGUAGGGAAUUCACAUCUGUCAUGUGGGCUUAGGGUUAAUAACGUAUACAAAUUGCACUACAGCCUGCCAUGCUAAGAUGUGCUGUUUAAGGACCCAUGAGCGUACUGUUCACUCCUCUGUUAACGGUUCAGUUAGCCCAGCUCUCUGCAAAUCCAGGUGGAAAACCCCACCCUGGUACAUUUGCCCUCGCUGUUACAAAUUGUGUUUGAGCAUAUUUAGGAAGAGACCUGUUUGGAUGUGGACAAAGUGACAGAAGAGACCGGCGAGUCACCGAGUAGUUGUUCCUGUGAUUCAUUCCUCUCAAAGCGAUGUGCCUUACUUCUCAUUGGGAUGGGUUUCAGCUUCUGCAUCUCACGUUGCUCGAUCCUCGUAGGUCAGAUAGCCUUUACAGUAUUGGAAGUUUCUUCCUGCGUAUUUUUGGGCAUAAAGAACUCCGUGUAAUUUUCUAUACGAGCUAAAGAGAUUUUCUAGUCUCAGUCAAAAUAGUUUUCUCUUUUUUUUUGUUGCUCUUUGCUGAGGUUUUAUGUAUUUAGCAGUGUAGAGACAGGAAACAGAAACCAAACGAAGUAUUCUGUAAUAGCCUUUGUAAUGUAGAAUGCAAUGAUAAUAUUGCUCUGUUCUUAGCUAUCUUUUUUUUUCAGCCCCACAGCUGUUUCAUUACGCUGUUUACGUUCGGUUUGCAAUCUAUUAAAUACAGCGUUCAGUUCUUCUGGGAUUUGGUUGGAGGGCCUGUUCCCUUUGUUUCUAGGAGUACAAGUUUGCAAGGUUUCAAUCCAGGCAGCACACGAUCAGCUUAUCUGAGCUCUGUACAACACUGCAGUACGUCUCGCCGCGUAGCAGAGGCCGUAAUUCAGCGUGGUUUUGGUUGAGCCGCUCGUUGAGACAACUUUAUUGUAUAAUUUCUCUCCUAAUUGCUCCCCUUUUCCAUCAGCUUUUUUUACCCUGCAGAAUCGCGUUGUAAUUGUUUUAUAUUUUCAUUAGUGUUGUUGUUAAAAAAUAUAUCAGAUAGCUGCAGACUCUGGCAAUCUCUGGAACAAAUCCUUAUUUACAAGUGUUUAGUAACAAGCAUUUAAUAUACUCCAUGGGUACUUGUAUAGCACAUGGGGCCAAGAACAACGCCUUACAGAAACUGACCGUGUCAAUAGCUACUUUUACCAACCCAGACUUGUAAUUUAAUUAAAAAACGUUUGCAGAAAACUGUUCUCCGUGAAA